GACGGUCACGUCUCCCACUACACUCGGGGGUUUCUCGAAUACGCUCGAAGUCAGCACAUUGUCGUCCUAUGCUAUCUAUCACACGGCACGCAUGUUUAUCAAGGGCUCGACGUUGCAGUUUUUGGUGUGCUGAAGCAGAGAUGGUCGGAGGAGCGCAACUCACAUGCACUCGAGACCGGUGAGAUCAUCUCCAAGACUAACUUUCUCGCUAUUUAUGGACGCGCCCAUGUCAAGGCUCUCACUGAGUCUACUAUCCGCAGUGCCUUCUUGAAGACUGGAGUGUGGCCAUUCAAU